GAGGAUUCCCGCAAUUUCCUCAUUGACAAACAGGUGGGCAGGCCGUUUAGACGUAGCAAGUAGCCGGUGAUACUACUGUCAUCUUGGUUCAUAACGGUCAACGGCCUUACCAAUAGAGGGGACCAGAGAGGUAAUCCGCUGUUUCUUUCUUUCUGGCUCUCCUUCUCUCCCAGACACACUCUCCUUUCCACGCUCUCCCCGAGUAUUGGAAAGGGGUUCGCCAAGGGAACGUACUUGAACCGGUUCGCCACCGAAACAAAAGCCCCCGUUUGUCAAUCGUUGCUUUUGGGGAGACCUUUUGGAUCCUUUUGAUCCCACAUGUAUAUUAGGAGGCGAAGUGGAUACAGUCACUAUCAGAUCAAAAGUGAGGAUCAGCAAGAACCCAAGCACCAGUUCAGCAUCCACUCCUCUGACACUUGUCACAAUCCCAGACAACAUGAUGAAGUGGUCUUCUUGUCCCGUGUCCUCAAUCAGGGCACUCUCGGCCUUUGGACUGAUCCUUGGAUCCAUUCUGAUCUUGAACUCUGGCAUUGAUCUGGUCGGCGCUUCGGAGGCUUCUGAUCCAGUGGAUCCUAUUCCUUCAACACUUUUGCAUCGAAUCCGGGACAAGUACCUGGUGAAGAUGGAUUCUCUUAAUAAACCUAUCCCGUUUGAUGACUAUAUCAAGCAUGUCCCACUGACUGAGGAGAAAGCUGAGCAAUUGAAAAAGAUCGUCCGAGUGGUCCGUAAGAAGCGGAGGAAGCAAACCGAAACGUUGAAGCGAGAGAAGCGAGGAGACUCGUUCAAGACUUGGCAGGAGGAGAAAAAGGCCAACUACCGCCAAGGCCGCCAAAGAGGAGCCACUGUCGAGCAUCUCUCCGAGCCUUCUCCUUACGAUUUCUCUGGCGUUUGUGGACAAUCCCGCGAAAGUUACUCCUUGAAAUUGAAACCCUCUUUCCGUAUCCUCAAUGGCACCUGCUCCAAAUAUGGCGACCACCCCUGGAUCGCCCAAAUCCAAAUCCGUGACCCGUCCAACCCUGAAUUCGACUUCAAGCACCAUUGUGGUGGCACAAUCAUCUCCAAAGAUCAUAUCCUUUCGGCUGCUCAUUGUUUCCAAGGCCAUCAUCAUUCUUACAUGCGAGUGGUCAUCGGACAGAAUCAUUUGGACAAGACUGAAGACAAUGAACUUGCUUUUGAUGUCCAAGACGUUCUCCUUCAUCCGGAUUGGGAUUCACCCAAGUUGGGCCGAUACAGCAACGAUAUUGCUGUUCUCAAGAUCCGUCGCAAAGGUGGAAGUGUAGGCAUUUCUUUUUCGGAUAACGUGGCUCCCGCCUGCCUUCCGUCAUCCGAUACUUGGUUCGAACCCGGCAUGGAAUGCAUUAUUGCUGGUUGGGGCAAAACUGAAGCUGGAAGUGCUGAUGAAGGGGCGUUGUGCCUUCAAACGGCGGCGGUGCCAUUGAUAAAUACCCGGGAAUGCCGUGAAAUGUACUCCAUUUCCAACCGAAACAUUGUGGACGGCAUGACUUGCGCUGGAUAUCAAACGGGAGGAGUGGACUCUUGUAAAGGAGAUUCGGGCGGACCCCUCACUUGUAAAGUCAAUGGGAGAUACCACUUGUAUGGUGUUGUUAGUUGGGGCGAUGGGUGUGGUCAGAGAAAUAAACCUGGGGUGUACUCCAGGGUGCAACACUACCUCCAAUGGAUUCAUGACACCUUGAGGAAGCUUUAAUUCUUUCACCCUCCCGGGCAUUAACCACAUCGUAUUGAACCGUAUCAUUCCUAUUUAUUGCUAUUAUUAAGAGUCAAGGCUGUGAUGCACACGUCGAUUCCUUAUUUGCUUUCUUAUCAAGACCAACGUGUUACAAAUUUGUUGUUGUUGUUUAUCACCUAUCUAUGUACCAUUGUUGAAUAAAAACUCUACCCGUUUCGAA